GGUAAUUUACGCCUGAAGUAAAUAAAAUGUCUGACGAAAAAAAAGAUAAUAUUCAAGAAUUUAAACUCGAGCCAGACUCUGAAUUACGUUUUGAAUUGGAGUCUAAAAGCGAAAAAGUUUACGUUAUCUUAAAGUCGGGCUUCGCUGAAGUAUUCGGCACAGAACUGGUUAUAGGCAAGCGUUAUGAGUUUACAGCGGGCGCAAAAAUUGCAGUGUUCACAUGGCAGGGCUGUGUUAUCGAACUAAGGGGCAAAACUGAUGUAAGUUAUGUCGCCAGAGAGACUCCCAUGAUUAUAUAUUGCAACUGCCAUGCAGCACUUGAGGUUAUGCGUACAGAUGCAGAAAAACAUAAUAAAAAGGGACCAAUUACUAUGGUUGUUGGUCCGGGUGAUGUUGGUAAAUCCACGGUAUCUCGAAUAUUGUUAAAUUAUGCCGUUAGGAUGGGACGUAGGCCUCUCUUUAUAGAUCUUGACGUAGGACAAGGGCAAAUUUCUGUACCAGGAACAAUAGGGGCGUUGCUCAUUGAAAGACCAGCUUCUCUGGAUGAAGGUUUCUCACAAGAAGCACCGUUGGUGUAUCAUUAUGGGCAUACUAAACCUGGUGGUAAUUGUACUUUAUAUAAUAUGUUAUACACACAAUUAGCUGCAUCAGUUAAAGAAAAGAUAGAGUCAAACAAAAAAACAAAAGUGUCAGGUGUAAUUAUAAAUACUUGUGGGUGGAUUAAAGGUGCCGGAUAUAAAGAAUUGACCCAAAUCGCUAAAACUUUUGAGGUUGACAUUAUCUUGGUAUUAGAUCAAGAAAGAUUAUAUAAUGAGCUGGUAAGAGACAUGCCAAGGUUUGUUAAGGUUGUUUUUUUGCCAAAGAGUGGAGGGGUGGUGGAAAGGUCGCAGACUGCCCGUAGUGAAGCUCGAGAUUUACGAAUAAGAGAAUAUUUUUACGGAACCCCAAAAAAUUCUGUGUAUCCACAUUCCUUUGAUAUAAAGUGGUCCGAAGUCAAGAUUUUUAAAAUUGGAGCACCCGCUUUACCGGACUCUUGUCUUCCUUUGGGAAUGAAGGCAGAAGAUCACCUAACAAAAGUGGUUGCUUUAACUCCAAAUCCAGGGAUUUUGCAUCAUUUGUUGGCCAUCAGUUAUGCAGCAAAAGAGGAUGAGAUUCUUUUAUCGCAUGUUGCAGGUUUUGUUUGUGUAACAAACAUUGAUACUGAAAGGCAGAUUUUAACAUUUUUAUCUCCUCAACCAAAGCCACUACCAAAUAAUACAUUACUGCUGUCAGAUUGCCAGUUUAUGGAUAGCCACUGAAUGAGAAUUGUGUUUAAUUUGCAUGUAGAAUUCAAUAUAAUUUUCUGAGAAUUGAUAUUUUCUAUAUUUUUGUACUGUUCAAUUCAUUGCUGUCUAGUCUACCUUAUGGAGAACUUUGUAAUUGUUUAAUAUAAUUAAAAAAUAAACCUAUUCUGCAAA